UGGCUCGAAGAGACAGCGUCCCAAACGUGUGCCCGUUGCGACCAAAUUGCUUCACCAUGCAGCGUUUGUUCAGUGUGACACCAAGGCAGCUGGCAGGAUGCGUGCGACACUCUUCAACUGCCAAGGUGUGGAUCAACAAGGACACCAAGGUCAUUUGCCAGGGGAUGACCGGAAGGCAAGGCACCUUCCACACCAAACAGGCCAUCGAGUAUGGAACCAACAUGGUGGGCGGUGUGAACAAGAAGAAGGGUGGUGAGAAGCACAUGGAUUUGCCCAUCUUCGCCAACUGCAUGGAGGCAAAGAAGGAGACAGGUGCCGACGCCUCGGUGAUUUACGUGCCGCCCCCCGCCGCGGCCGCCGCGGUGCUCGAGGCCUUGGAGGCUGAGAUCCCGCUGAUCGUGUGCAUCACCGAGGGCAUCCCUCAGCAGGACAUGGUGAAGGUCAAGCAUGCACUGAUGCGCCAGAACAAGUCGCGCUUGAUUGGUCCGAACUGCCCGGGCAUCAUCAAGCCUGGUGAGUGCAAGAUGGGCAUUAUGCCUGGUUAUAUUCACAAGGCAGGCAAGAUCGGUAUCGUCAGCAGGUCUGGCACUUUGACAUAUGAGGCGGUGCACCAGACCACGGUGACCGGCAUGGGCCAGAGCACCUGCGUGGGCAUUGGCGGCGACCCCUUCAACGGCACCAAUUUCAUCGACUGCUUGGAGCGCUUUGCCCAGGAUCCUGAGACUGAAGGUAUCAUCAUGAUUGGCGAGAUCGGCGGUACCGCGGAAGAGCAAGCGGCAGACUGGAUUAAGGAGAACUGCACGCACAAGCCCGUGGUGUCCUUCAUUGCGGGCAUCACGGCCCCUCCUGGGCGCCGCAUGGGCCACGCCGGCGCCAUCAUCUCUGGCGGCAAGGGCACGGCGCAGGACAAGAUUGCAGCGCUCGAGAAAGCCGGUGUUUGGGUCACCAAUUCUCCCGCAGAGCUGGGCACGACCAUGGUCAAGGCUAUGGAGGCAGCUGGCAAGUGAGCAAGGGACGAGAGUGGGAGCGGGGAGCGCAGCCAACGGGCUCCAGGAGACACUA